AUGGAUAUAGACACAAUAACUCCUGAAGAUUUUCUAGCUUCAGCCAAACAUUUUAUAGAAAUAUCAGAUAAAAUCCAUGAUGGGUGGCGAAUCUAUGAACAUAAAAAUGAAAUACAUAAGUCAUAUAUUAAAAAAGAGGCCUUUAUAACAUUCAAAUCACAAAAUGAAUUAUGUUUAUAUAAAAUAGAAUAUGUAAUAUUUUAUAAUUUGAGUUACGGAGUACCUUCCUUUAGUUUUAAUGUUUGGAAUUCCCCUGGAACUUUACUAAAGCUUGAAGAGAUUAGACAGAUGUGUUUUAUUCAAAUUACCAAGGAGGAAUUUUAUUCAGUCAUAACUCAACAGGAGCACCCUAUAUUUCAUCGGCCAUACUUCAUAAUGCAUCCAUGCCACACAGCACAGCUGCUAAAAGAGUUCAAGAACAAAUCAAGAAAUAUUGUAGUCACAUUUUUAGGCCUUAUUUCACCUUUGUUACGGCUUAAUUUGUCAUUAGAGUAUGGUUUGUAA